CUGCAAUAUAUAAUUCAUUUAUUAGUGUCUUAUACCAUUGGCUUUCAUACCACAUAAUGAAGCAUUGCGUCGAGAAAGAAACAGCCAAGAAAACACUUAUUAUUUCACAGGGCAUCAGGAGAGAUUACCAGUUGUUCUGUCUUUUUCCGCAUUUCUAAUAUCUAUUUUUCUGAUCGCUUUCCUUUUCAAUGUCAGGUAAUUGUGGUGCUCUGUGCAGUGGCACUAGUGUCUGCUGGAGGUGGAGGGGGAGGUUAUGGUGGAGGAGGCGGAGGAAAAGGAGGAGGAGGUGGAGGUUACGGUGGAGGAGGAAAAGGAGGAGGAGGUGGAGGUUACGGUGGCGGAGGAAAAGGAGGAGGAGGUGGAGGUUAUGGUGGAGGAGGAAAAGGAGGAGGAGGUGGAGGUUAUGGUGGAGGUGGAAAAGGAGGUGGCGGCGGAGGCUAUGGCGGAAGUGGCGGCGGUGGUGGAGGAUUUGGAGGAGGAGGUUACGGAGGAGGUGGGAGCGGAGGUUACGGAGGAAGUGGAGGCGGAAGUUAUGGAAGCAGUGGAGGUGGAGGUUAUGGAGGAAGUGGAGGAGGCGGAGGAGGAUUUGGAGGCGGUGGAGGAUACGGUAGCAGUGGAGGUUAUGGUCGUUAAGAAGCACUGUUCCGAAAUCUCAGACUGUCUAAGAAUUCCCUGAAUAAACCCAAUAAAAAGGCCCUUUACAUUUCAUUCCGAACCUUUCUUUGCAUUUCAUCAAAUACCGGACAUUUUUCAUGGAACGUCUCUCAUCGCUCUUGUGUUAUGGAACUAUUCAAUGUUUGUUCUUUUCUCCUCUCAAUGAAAACCUGAAAGAGGGUAGUUUUCCAGUGAACUGAAUAAUAAAUAUCUAGACAAUCAAA